AUGACGUGGAUUGUCAAUGGGACCCCUGAGGUGGAUGCAGAGUCGAAUUACAAGACCAUCGUGGUCGUCAGCCUGGUGCUCUGUAUCCUCGCUACCGGCACGAGCACUUUAAGAGUAUGGGUGCGUGCCAGAGUCCGCGGGAUGGCCGCCGAUGACUGGAUGGCCGUCCUCUCCGUCAUAUUUGCAAUAAUAUAUUCUAUAAUUUGCAUUGUUCAAACUAAAUACGGCCUCGGUCUACCCCUGAAGCUGCGCCCAGAGGCGAACCUUGUCACAUACACUCGCGUCAAUUUUGCCGGAAGGCCUAUCUACCAGAUCGGCAUCAGUUUCUUCAAAAUAUCCCUCUUAAUCAGCUACCUACGGCUGUUCAAGGGCACGAAUAAGAAAUUAUAUAGGAAGACCGUGUGGGCCGCGAUCAUCUUCGUCUUCCUAGGUCAUCUAGGCUGCACCCUUGCCCUCAUCUUCGCUUGCACCCCGGUUGAUAAGUCGUGGAACCCGCUUAAGGAGGGCAAGUGUCUUGCUCCGGGCCCAUCGUUUACCGCCUACUCUAUCGUAACGAUCUUGUCUGGCAUAAUCGUUGCUUUGAUUCCUAUCCCGGUUCUGGUUAAACUCAGCAUCAGCCGCAAUAGGAAAAUAGGCUUGAUUGGUAUUUUUAUGCUAGGCCUGUUCACGACUCUAUGUUCUAUCCUCCGCUGCCUGCAGAUAAACAGGAUACAGAAUGGCGACGGUAACUCGACCAUGUUAGUAUUAUGGGGUGUUAUCGAGUUCAACAUCGGCAACAUGGUAUCUUCGCUGCCGUUCCUCACCCCUGUUUUCCAUCGAAGGGCCAGAGAAUACCGAAGCAAAUUCUCCGGUUAUGGCAGCGAAGGCGGUAGCCGUCACCACCGCGGGAGAGGAGGGCAGAUUUACAAGUUAAGUGCUCUCAGUAGAGUCGAAGAUCCGUCAUCCGGAACUCUAGGCAAGGGGGCGUCCACCUCAGCAUACAUCACGGCAGGGCCCGACAAUACCGAACAUAGCGCAAGCGGGAGCCAGGAGGAUAUUUUGAAGAGGGAUGGUGACAUUGUUAACCAUCCGAGUAACGUCAUUGUCAAAUCAGUUACAUAUAGUGUUAGGGUCGACGACGAAACUGCUCGAGAUACGAAAGAAAGCGGGUAG